CCGCGGCCGCGACCGUCGUGCCGUCGGCAAUCAGCACCGACCACGGCGGCACGGUGUAUCCGGUGCCGCCGUCGGGGGCGAAAGUCUACGCGAACGUGGACGGCCAUCGCAUCGACGACGGGCGGUACACGAACUUCAAGGGCGACCUCGCGGGGAUCGUCCCCUCCGAGCGUAUCUACACGGACCCGGUGCGCGUGUUCGCGUACGGCACGGACGCGUCGUUCUACCGGCUCCUCCCUCAGAUGGUAGUCAAGAUCCACGACGAGAAGGAGGUCACGCGGAUCCUCCCAAAGGCGAAGAAGCACUCGACGCCGGUGACGUUCCGCGCCGCGGGGACGUCGCUCUCGGGGCAGGCGGUCACGGACUCGAUCCUCCUGAAGCUGUCGCACACGGGAAAGAACUUCCGGAACUACGAGAUCACGAACGACGGCAAGGAGAUCACGCUCGAGCCCGGCCUGAUCCUCGGCGAGGUGAACCGCCUUCUGGCCAAGUACAAGGAGACCAACGGGCUCCAGACGCAGUACAAGAUGGGUCCGGACCCGUCGUCCAUCGACUCGUGCAUGAUCGGCGGCGUCGUCGCGAACAACUCCUCCGGGAUGUGCUGCGGCGUGAAGCAGAACACGUACCACACGCUGAAGGACAUGCGGAUCGUGUUCGUGGACGGCACGGUGCUUGACACGGCGGAUCAAAAGUCGCGCGACGCGUUUUUGUCGUCGCACGUCGACCUCGUCGCGGGCGUCGUCAACCUCGCCAAGAAGGUCCAGGCGGACGAGGACCUCGUCGCGCUCAUCAAGAAGAAGCACGCGAUCAAGUGCACGACGGGGUACUCCAUGAACGCGCUCGUGGACUUCCCGCCGGAGGACCCGAUCGAGAUCAUCAAGCGGCUCAUGAUCGGCAGCGAAGGCACGCUCGGGUUCGUGUCCAGGGCGACGUACAACACCGUGGUGGACCACCCGCACAAGGCGAGCGCGUUCAUCGUGUUUAAGGAUGUUCAGGAAGCGUGCCGCGCGGCGGCGGUGCUGCGGAGGGAGACGACCGUGGACGCGGUGGAGCUCUUCGACCGCGCGUCGCUGACGCAGUGCGAGGGACACGAGCAGAUCAUCGGGCUGGUGCCGACCAUCGCGGACGCGCCGAAGCGCGGCGCCGCGUUGCUCAUCGAGUGCCGCGGCGCGACGGACGAGGAGCUGGACGUCGCGAUUAAGGAGGUGUCCACGUCCCUGGACGGCGCGAACUUGGCGUACCUCAACGAUCGCGUGUCCACGUACCCGUUCAUGAAGGACGAGGCGGUGUACAAGGUGUACUGGGACGUGAGGAAAGGGCUGAUUCCCCUCGUCGGGUCUUCGCGCAGCGCGGGGACGUCGGUGCUCAUCGAGGACGUCGCGUGCGAGGUGGACAAGCUCGGGGACAUGACCCAGGACCUGAUCGACAUGUUCGAGCGGUUCGGAUACGACGACGCGUCGUGCAUGGGCCACGCGCUCGAGGGCAACUUGCACCUGGUGUUUUCGCAGGGCUUCCGGAACGACGAGGAAGUGAAGCGGUACGCCGCGAUGAUGGAGGAGAUGUGCGAGAUCGUCGCGACUAAAUACAAGGGAUCGCUCAAGGCGGAGCACGGCACGGGAAGGAACGUCGCGCCGUUCGUGGAGAUGGAAUGGGGGAACAAGGCGUACGAGCUCAUGUGGGAGCUCAAAGAGCUGUUCGACCCCGAGUACGUGUUGAACCCCGGGGUGAUUCUCUCCAGGGACAAGGACAUGCACCAGAAGUUUUUGAAGCCCAAGCCCGUGGCGGACCCGAUCGUGGACAUGUGCAUGGAGUGCGGUUUUUGCGAGAGCAACUGCCCCUCGCGCGAUCUGAGCCUCACGCCGAGGCAGCGCAUCACGGUGUACCGCGAAAUCUCGCGCCUGCAGGACAUGCCGACGCGUGACAACGCGCAGCAAGCGCGUCUGGACGAGUUUUUGGACAAGUUCACGUACGAGGGCGACGCGACGUGCGCCGCGGAUGGCAUGUGCCAGGUGAAGUGCCCCGUCGGCAUCAACACCGGCGAGCUCGUCAAGUCGAUCCGCGAGCGCGACCUGAAGAAGCAGUCCACGGCGACGUCGGGCGCCAACGCGCUCGCGAGGAACUUUGCCACGUUCCAGAGCGUCGUGCCCACGUUCCUGAACCUCGUGUCCGCCGCGCACGGCGUCCUCGGCGGCGGCGUGCUGAAGAGCGUCUCCGGCGCGUUGAACAAGGUUUCCGGGAACUUGAUCCCGGUGUGGAACGAGCACAUGCCCACGGGCGCGCCGUCGCUGCCGGCGCCGAACAUGCCGUCGUCGAGCGCGACGCAGCGCGCGGGGGUCCCUCGCAAGGUUGUCUACCUCCCAUCCUGCGUCACGAGGAUGAUGGGCCCGGCGAAGGGCGACUCUGCGUCCAUCGGCGGCGUCCCGGACGCGAUGAUGAGCAUCCUGAAAAAGGCGGAUUACGAGGUUGUGUACCCGGAGUCGCUCUCGUCGCAGUGCUGCGGCAUGCUCUUCAACUCCAGGGGGUUCAAAGCCACCGCCAGCGGCAAGGGCGAUGACCUCGAGGCGGCGCUCAUGAAAGCCUCCGAGGGCGGCAAGCUCCCGAUUGUCGUCGACACGUCCCCGUGCCUCGCGCAGAUCAAAGAGCAGCUGACGAACCCCGCGUUGCGGUUCGCGUUGUACGAGCCCGCGGAGUUCAUCGCGAACCACCUCGUGGACAAGCUCGAGUGGAAGAAGGUGAAGGACCACGUCGCGAUCCACGUCCCGUGCUCGUCCAAGAAGCUCGGCGUCGAGAACACGUUCAACAAGAUCGCGAAGAUGUGCGCGAAGGAGGUGACGCCGUCGGGGAUCCCGUGUUGCGGCAUGGCUGGGGACCGCGGGAUGCGUUUUCCGGAGCUCACCGGUUCGUCGUUGUCGUACCUGGACCUUCCCGAGGGAUGCAGCGACGGGUACAGCACGUCGAGGACGUGCGAGAUGUCGCUCUCGAACCACAGCGACGUCGCGUUUAGGGGGUUGGUGUACUUGGUCGACGAGGCGACGAGCGCGAAGAAGUGAAGUGAAGCGAGGCGAAGCGGAGACUUCGAAGACUUGACUGAUUUGAUUUGAUCGCGACGGCGUCUUUGUUUUCGCGCCGUCGGUCGCGGCGGCGCGCGGCGGCGGCGCGAGGGCGGACGCGCGGCGGGCGAGUCGCGACUUUCGCGGGCAGCAUUCUUUUAAUAACGAUUACCAUCAGUGAACGA